UUGCUGAGGAUUUCCUGCCGCAAGCUUUGCCGGGCAAGCCCCUAUCUUGAAGCUUCCCCUUCACCAACUUGUACAGCUCGUCGGAGCUCGAGCUCAAGGAUGGCUGCGAGGCCGGGCGAGGAGAACGUAGCGACGCUCUACGGGGAUGUCCACUACUUCUACGGUCCGCCAACAGACAACCCGCCGCAUCACCGGUUUGACAAGGGCUCCUACGUCUACCUGUUUGAAGAUGCGAACCAAGGGCGCGCCCGUCUAGAAAUCGCAAACCGUCCAGGAACAGAUGAUCUGGACGCCUUUGAUGGCUACCUUGACAAUGUUCGCCUACAUUACUCGUACAAGCACACUUGCCUCGUAACCCUUACCGUCGGCGAGGUUGAGGGGCAUGAGGAGUGGCAUCUGCCAACCUACGAUCCUCACAACCAGAACAAAUACCACUACAAGCUCCACUCGCUUGACAUAUACUUCUGGACUCCGCAGGACGCUGUUCAGUUUGUGAAUGGCAUCAGGCGCGUGCUUCCGCCGGCGCAAUGCGAGAUCCUCGACGAACCGGCCCCACCGCCACGCCAUUCGGGCGAUGUGAGCUCUGUGGUGCAGAAACUGGAACAGGCCGCCAUCUCCGACCCGGGUUCUGUGCAGGCUACGCCAGCAGGUCUGCAGUCUAGCCACGCCACAGCACCAACCUUCCCCGGUCCUCCUGUUUCCGCCGCCACGGGCAAUGGGGAUGGAAGUUCGGCUUCGGCCCCUCCUCAGUUUGCCCCCAUAGCUUACAAUCCUGCGGCGCCGCCUGCUCCCGAGCAGGUCCGCCCCCGCGAGAAGACACCGCCCAUUGAAGACGGCAUAGCAAACCCGCUCCACCAGACGCUUGCCUACGAUGCCACGACGCCCUUCUCCCCCGGGCUCGUCCCGAGCGGCCUCGGCCCGCUCAGCCCUGGGAUCCCGCCUCCGAACAUUCAACACCCGCCCGGGGCCCCGGUCUUCCCCGGCCCCCCUCAACACAGCGCUACCUCACCCGGGUUUGCGCCGCAGGGAUUCGGCUCCCUCGGCGGGCAAAUCACGGGACCGCCUCAACACCCGCCGGCACACCCAGGCAUCACCCGCUCCGUCACGAUGCCGGUGAAUAGUGGUAUCGUGAGCCCGCUCGCAAGCCCGGGGCUCGCGAGUCCUUACGGCGUCGGCACAUUCCCGGGACACGCACAGUACACGCCUGGUGUGACGCAUACGCCGGCGCCCCCCACUACUGGGAUGCCUCUCUCUCCUCCGCCGUCGCAAGGGCAGGUGCCGAAUGAGUAUGCGGUGCACCAGCAGUUUUACAUUCCUGAGAAUCAGUACAAGCCGAAGCAGGAGGUCAGGGGGAAAUUGGAGGAGGGAGCCGGGAGGCUUGAGCGAGGUGUUACCGGCAUGUUGAAGAAGUUUGAGAAGAAGUUUGGGUGAGAAAGUUUGUAAACACAGCGAGGGAUGGGCCCGGACAGAGCAUGAGUGACGAACUGGUAAUCUCGUGCCGGAGAGAAGGAAAUGUUGCUUAGGAACUUCGCAGUUGCAGUUUCUAUCAAGACCUUUUAGAUGUACUUCCCGCAUAACUCAUGUAAAAUGCAGU